ACAGUUGAGUUUUACCAUAGGGAGCGUAAAUAUCGACCAAAGAUAUUAUUUUAAUAAUAAAUAGUCAAAAACUGUCUCUAUGAACUUAUAAUAUUAAAUAAUAUGAAUCAGAUAUUUCGUAUUUGUAUCUUUAAUCGAAAUAUUUAUAAAUCUUUCGAAAUAAGUAGAAGAUUCGCGGGACAUAGUAAAUGGCAAAAUGUAAAACAUAUAAAAUCAGAAAAAGAUAGUACAAGAGCUAUAUUAUUUUUACGAUUAAGAAAAAUGAUAAGAGAGGCUGCUUUGGAGGGUGGAAGUACAAAACCAACUUUAAAUACUAAAUUAGCACGUGUUAUAGAAUAUUGUAAGAAGUUAAACAUGCCUGCAGCAACGAUAAAUAAUUUGCUUGACAAACUUGCUAAUUCAAAAGAAAGAACUAAGGCUACUUUAAUAGAAAUUAAUGGGCCCAAAAAUUGUAUCAUGAUUUUAAAAAUUGUAUCAGAUAAUAUGGCAGAUACAAAGUCACAUCUUAAUACAAUACUAAAAAAAAUCAAUGCUAAAGUUUCAGUGGGUGCAAUAAACAGUUCUUUUGAACAUAAUGGCAUUAUAAUAACCAACAAAAAAUUUGAAUUGGAAAAGGCAAUGGAGGAUGCAAUAAAUGUCGGAGCUUCCGAUAUUGAGGAUAUAGAAGAUGAUGACAAAAAAUAUUAUAAGUUCAUAUGUGAGCCACAACUUUUAUCAAAAAUAACAACCAAAUUGGAAAGUCUUGAUUAUCAGAUUAUUGAUAUAAGAGAUGAGUUAAUUCCACUAUUUGUUAUAAAAUUAAGUGAUGAUGACCUAAAAAUAGUCAAAUUAGCUCAAGAAAGACUUUUAUCUUUGGAUGAAAUAGAAGAAAUAUAUGAUAAUAUAGAUCAUGAUAAUUUAUGAUAUUAAAUAUUAAUUACAGUAUGUAAAAAUUAAAAAUAUAAACAAUACAUUAUACUAGAAAAUAGCAUAACAAAAAACCUAUUUUCUAUAAAUGUAUUUUUAAAAAAUAAUAGAAUGUAAAUUAAUAGAAUCAUACUUUGUACAUAAAGUUUUAAUUUCAUGUAACAAUUUAUUUAGAAAUAUGUAUAUGUUAGAAAAUUAUUUAUACUUACAAAAAAUUAUGAUAAUUUAAAAUAAAAAAGAAAUUAAUUUGAUAUUUACAUAGAUGAUUGUAUAUACAUAUAUAUAUGUAUAUAUAAGAAAACUAAUUCGAUAAUUGACGAAUUAGUUUAAAAAAUUUGUACAGCCGGUAAUAGUAGAUAUCUAUUUAACUGACUAUAUGUUUAGAUGAGAUUUUUUAAUUAUUAUUUUUCUUAGUUACCAAUUGAGAGUAGAAAACUCUUUUGCCAACGGAAAGUAAUAUCAAUAAUUCCGCAAAUUAAAUUAAUUAUAUAUAUAUAUAU